UGUGUUUACAUUUGUCUCGUCUUGUUGCCUACAACAACAACAUCUAACUCACUUCGAAGAUUCAACCGCGAAAAAUGUCCUUAAGAACCCUUCCAAUACUCUUCCUUAACCUUGGAGGAGAGAUGUUAUAUAUCCUAGACCAAAGGCUACGAGCUCAAGCCAUCCCAGAGGAAAAAGCAAAGAAAGUAAUGCAUGAUAUUGUUGGCACAAUGUUCAACAAGCGGUUUGUAGAAGAGCUCUUCAAACCCCAAGAUACCUAUUCCAAGAAAGCCAUGCGAACUGUGUUUGAUCGCCUGGCGCAUGCAUCCAUCAUGAGACUCAACACCGCCAGCAUGGAUAAGCUGUAUGACUUGAUGACCAUGGCUUUCAAAUACCAGGUGUCAUUGUGUAUGAGACCUUCAGAUGUUCUUCUUGUUACCUAUAACCACAUGGAUUCAAUAAGAAGCUUUGUGUCAGACAACCCUACCAUCAGUACACAAGUUGAAAAUGUCUAUAAACAUCUCUACGAGACCUAUGCAGACCUUAGCCUGGGUCAGUUCCAGGUUGUGCGUCAAACUCUUCUGACAUUCUUUCAAGACAUGCAUAUCAGGGUGUCAAUCUUUUUAAAAGAUAAAGUACAGAACUCUAAUGGCAGAUUUGUUAUUUCUAUUGAUGGGCCUGUACCUUGGGAUACUGAAGUACCCGGACCUAUAAGAUAUUUUGGUGACAAUGGACAGGUUACCAAGACAAUGCAUUUUUCAAGUGGUUGUCAACACCACUUGACUGACAAACCUGGCUCGUUUGAAUUACUAGGUGAUCGUGUAAUUAAAUUAGGAACAAACAUGUAUACAGUAUCGAGAUCAAUAGAGACGUCUGUGGCAUCAAGUUCACAAAAUGUGAAACAGAAUACCACUAGUAGUACAUCAGUACAAACGGACCAGGAGCCUUCGGAUAGUCCCAACCUACUGGCAAAGGAAGAAUUGAACCUGUUAGCCCGACUUGUAGGAGGAGGAGGAGGAAGUCCUAGUAAAGGUCAGGGAUUCCGUAUAAAUCUUUUCAAUACAGACGAAGAAGAAGAAAUUGCUGCUUCUACUCCAACUAGAGGAGAAGAUUCCCACAAAGUUAUUAAAAUCGACGCCACUAAGAAACAACAACGGCAAGAGCUGUCACAGCUGAUGGAUGAGUUUUCGAUAGAAGAAUCUGGCGCAGACCGGACAAAAGGCGACGACCUCCUCGAUCUAAUGGACCAAGCGUGAAGACUAUACACCGCUCACACCACACUUAUUUAUUUAAUUCCAAAGGUUUUAUUUGCAGUUGCAAAAAUAUGAUUGAAAAGGAUGGGUGAAAUGAAUAAUAAAAUUCGAUAUUUGUAUAGGAAAUCGCACGAUCCCGAGUACAAUUCGGAAUUUAUAGGUACGAGUGAUGCUUUGAAAGUUUUCAAACUUGGACGAGGUUUUAGGCGAGUUCAAUUUGAGAACUUUCAAAACAUCACGAGUAUCUAUAAAUUCCGAAUUGUACGAGAAGAUUGUGCGUUUUUUUGCUUAUGAUACACUCAGGGGAAAUUGAGCAAAAAUUAGGACUCUACAGAGUACAAUUUGGGAUUUAAUUGUACUCCUCUUGUCCAAUCAGAAUCGAGUAAUUUUGUAGAGUGUAUUAUAACAGCACAAAAAAGAAUAGAAAUCUUAUUGGAAUUUUCACAUUAUUUCUCGUUUCAAAAAUCUGGGAUUUUGGCUAUCUGUUUAGGUCGCAAUAUUCUAGAGAAAGCUUGUGACAAUUUAUGAUUUAGAGUGAUGUAAGAAGUUCACAUCAAGAGUUGUCUAGAGAAACGUUUUUGUUGUUACUGUUA